AUUCACCUGGACAUUGGUGUUGUGAUUAUGUGUUGUGCGACGGGGUUGCAGACAGCUUGCGCCAGCUUAAAAGCGUCGGGUCCAACGCUUUGAAGAACAUGAAUUUUGUGUGUGUACCAUUCCAUCUAGAAAAUGUAACGUGUGCCAACAGACGUGUGAUAAAAUCAUGCGGUGUCUAACCCUAAUCGCUCCAGAGGCCUCAGCGUUUUGUAUAAGAACAGUACGGUGCUUGCCCAUACUGGAAAAGACGCUUUUUAUUGUGGUGAUGAGCCAAGGGCCGUGUUUUUGGUGCGGUUAGAGUUUUGAGUAGUAUCCUGUGCCAGAACCAUCGAUGACAAUGUCGAAGCCGCCGAGUGACAACGUUACCACCUACAAAUUGGUCGUGGUUGGUGACGGCGGGGUCGGCAAGUCGGCCCUGACCAUCCAGUUCUUUCAAAAACUUUUCGUCACGGACUACGACCCGACCAUUGAAGAUUCGUAUAUACAGCAUACUGAAAUUGAUGGCCAGUUGUGCAUUCUGGAUGUGUUGGACACAGCGGGCCAAGAGGAGUUCAGUGCAAUGCGGGAGCAGUACAUGCGCAAGGGGGAUGGCUUCCUGCUGGUGUACUCGGUGACAGACAAGCAGAGCUUUGACAACAUGUGCCACUUCCACACUCAAAUCCUGCGUGUCAAAGACCGUGAUUCAUAUCCCAUGCUGCUGGUGGCCAACAAGGUGGACCUGGUGCACCUACGACGAGUCUCCGAGGAACAAGGUCGAGAGCUUGCCCAACAGCUGAAGAUAAGCUACAUAGAGACAAGUGCCAAAGACCCGCCUCUUAACGUGGAUGCUGCAUUUCACGAAGUGGUGAGGAUAAUUAGAAAUCAACCGCCACAGCUCGACCAGAAGCGACGGAGAAAGUGGUGGAAGAACUCCCGCUGCACCCUGCUGUAACGAGCCUGCCGUGUGCCACUGGUGUGACCUUUCUUGAUUGACAGGAUGCAAUGUUUUUCUUUUUUUUUGUCUUGCAGGUCUUUUUGGGAUAGUAUGGUAUUUUAAACACCAGGUAAUUCAUUUGGCAGCUAAAGGAAAUCAAUUCAAAUGAGUUCAGGCAGCAUUAGGGUUAUCCUUGGCAUACAUCCCAAACGGUACUGCACUGUGAUCUUUUUUCUUUUUUUUUUUUAACCAUUGCAGCCACAGUCACACUUCAUGUGCAGCUGUUAAUGUGCCAGUGUUUGCCAGCACAGCCAUUUUCCUUAGCACUAUAUUUGCUUUAGGAGUGAAGCAAACCAACCAAAGAUCAGAACAGAACUCAGUGGCAGUUAUCAUGAUCAUUUUCAAAGCAUAAAGUGUUGUCAACAAGGCUUUGUACAUAAUGAGUGGCCAUAUUGAAAGAGCACAUCAAUGAACUUUAAAGCUACCCGUAUUGACUUUUGCCAUGUUUUGAUCUCUUCAUUCAAAUGUACUUUUUGUUUUCCACUAUGCCUGAUGUCAGGAGGCAAUUUAGCAGGAUUCGUGUGUGCUUCAUAUGAAAGCUUCAGCACAAGCAGGUGAUUGCAAGAGAAACACAUCCCCUUCAGGAGCUGUGUGCACAAUUGUGCA